GGACCAAUCACUCUGUACAACAGCUUGAUGUUUUCAUGUGCUAAUAUCUUGCCUUGCUGAAUGUUAUUGUUUAAGAUGAUUUUAGUGCUCAGUAAGUAACGUGAAGUUUUGCUUUUACAGAUGUGCUUCAGAUGGAACAGGAGUUGGUCAACCAUAGACGCCCAAGAACUUACAUGUUUCGGGAAUAUGUGCAGAAAGAAAUUCGAGCAAAGUGAAAAACAUAAUGGGUUUAAAAAAUCGCAUAUUGCCCACUUAAACCUCUCCCUAAGUAUUUGUUCAGCAUCUUCCCUGUAAACGUCUUUAAACCAGUAAAUGCCGAGCUAAAGUUGCGUAAGAUUUCUUGACCGAUUCCACACCCACAAGGGAAAUUUCAUUUGGGAUCUCUGGAAAGUACUGUUAGCAUAUCUGUUUUUAUUCUUGUUUCCUGACAUGUUCCUCAUCCCAGAGGAUCUCCUCACUAUGGAUCAAUUGGAACGGAAAGUACAUCUAAUCUUAGUGUACAAUGCGAGCCGUAGGUAUAUACUUUGACGUGUGAUGUCAUAUGUCACGUAGACACAGUCUGUUACAUUUUGGAUUGUACAUUUCACUUGUAGUUGUGAGCCAAGUGUUUUGUUUGUAUUAGAUCAUUUAUUUCUUGUGGGUGGUGGCUUAGAUUGUGUUGCUUACUGGGCUAUAUAGAUGUAGUGGGAGAUAGCAAUUUACAGAAGAGAACGAUAUUGUGGAUUGUAUUGUACACUUAAAAAAGAAAGUUAUGAUGACAAACUACUGUAUCGUCGCGUGGGGCCUAGGUAACGUUUGUAGGCGAAUGGUUUUGCAGUGGUGAAGCGCCAACGAAUGACAGGAAAAUCGUAUUUUAUAUAUGAACUGCUCAUUGUGCAAUUCAUUAACAUCCCUGAUUAAAAUCGCUAAUUUUCCGCAUUAGUUUAAUACUUUCAAGUUUAUAAAUGUUUGAAGACAUUAAUAACAAAUAUCUUGCCAGCCCAAAAUCACCUAAUCCUGUGGGAGUCAGGUACUGUGUUGGAUUUUAUAAGUUUCUCUUGUAUUUAGUGACGCCAGUUGAUUGUCGUUUCUCAGCUUCAUCACAAUACAAAUGAUGUCGUUUUUUUAGUGGCAUAGUAUUAUGUUGUUAAUCAAUCUCUAAAUGACUCCACAUUGUACACCAACCAUGCCUCCUUUUGAGCUGCCACUACUCUCUACUUGUAAACAUCCUGUUUCCCCUAAGUUCUGGGGAUUGGGGAAAUUCGUGCCAUUUUGUGCUGGCAGACUCACAGACGUAUUAAGAUGACAUAUAGAAAGAGCUGAUUGGUUUUUUUAUACUCUGUGGCAUCUACAGUAGCUCCCUGUUUGUAUUCGAAAGUUUUGUGUGCUUGUGUUGAGACAUUUCCAUAUUGAGAGGGGUCAUGUGUAACUGCUUUACUAUUCAGUGCCACAUAAAGUUAAAGUAAUUCCAUAAAACAAGAAUGUUUCAAAAACUAGAAGAAAUUCACGCAAUAUGAAAGAAAAGUAAUGUGAUGUGAAGGCAGCAUUUCUCCAUAAGAUGCCUGCCAAUGAAACUCCCCUAGGGUUAUUGGGUCCAGUAAAGAAAAACAGGCCUACAAUCAUGAACAAAGUUUUCCAUCAGCAGUAAUCAGUGUUAUGUAAUCAGUGUUAUAAAUCUAUAUUCUGGGGUCUGGUACAGCCAGACUUACUACAGACCUAUGUCCAUGAUAAAAUACAUAGCUCCAAUGACAGUAUGUGAGCAAUAAUCUUGGAAAGAAUUCAACUCUCUCUGUAUUAUCAAAAGUUCUCAAAAGAGGAGACAUUUAAAGUUGUAAUUGCUAUGAAUGAAGAGAACUUGGGAACAGUGAAGAUUAUGGGGAAGCAAGGCUACAAACCAAGUGCAUUUGUGGAAACUGCUCAAAAAAUCAUUUAUGAUGCAAUCAUCUCCACUGCAGAUAAGGCAAUUAGCGAAUGGCUUAAAGAAACUCAACAAGAUGGGAGACUUCAGAAGAAAGCUGCGGAAAACAAAGAUGUCACGAAAUAUUGAACACGAGGUUGUAUCAUCACAUUACGUUCUGUGGACUCUUGUAUAUUUGUUCCUGCAAAGAAAUACAAUUUCCAUUGCUCAGUUUACUUAAAGGACACAUGAGGAUGGAUCAUACAAGAAGAGAAGAAUCCAGUUUGAGAUUGAAAUUGAAAUACUUGUGCAAGUUUCCCGGAUGCAGGAGUAGUUAUUAUGUAAAAACAAAUUCCAAACACAAGAAUAAACACUUCUAUAAAUUUCCAGUUGCAUCAAAAAGUGAGACUUUAAAGAAGUGGAAAUUGAUCUGUAAUAUAGAUGAAGGUGUCAACUGUAGUUAUUAUUAUGUGUGUGAGGAUCAUUUUCAUGAAGCAGAUUUUGUGAACUUUACUAGACACAGGCUAAAUCCUGGUGUUAUACCAAAGCACAUAGAAUUGGUGUUGUAUCACCCUCCCCCCACCCAUCUGUGUUACACUGGUGGUGGCAGUUUCACCAUAUCAGGUGCAAAUAUAAGUGUGCAUGAGACAGGUCACAAUGCAGAAUCUACAGUAAUACAAUGAAGCAGUCCCCUUUACAGAGCACAGAUGAUGGUGAAUACAGCUUUUUAUCCUCACCUGUUUAUGAUGUUGAAAGUAGUCCAGGUGUAAUGGGAUCUGGCGUUUCUAAACGUGAUUUAACUCCAAGAAAACACAAAAUGUAUAAACUGCAGAGAAUUACAGUUUCCAGAGUGUGUAAAUUGUAAAAACAGCUACAGAAUGAGAGGAAUAAAUUGAAAAAUCUAAAAGAGUUGUAUGAUGACAGGAAAUUUCAGUUAAUCGAAGAAGAGUUGAAUGAUGUGACUAAAACUUUUAGUGAUAGUCAGUUAAGAAAUGCCAAUAUGCAGUCCACAGCAGUACGGUGGUCUAUACAAGAUAAGGCAUUUGCUUUAUCUAUUUAUAAGCGUAGUCCCCAGUUGUACAGAUAUUUGGCCACAUACUUCUCCCUUCCAUCUGUCAGGCUGCUCAAGGGAGUGCUUUCCCACAUACCAUUCGAUACAGGACUUAAUCCAGCUUUAUUAAACUUUUUAGCAAGGGAAGUAAGUAAUAUGCAUGAAAAUGAUAAGUAUUGUGCUCUACUUUGUGAUGAAAUGUCUUGGAUGAUGGUAUGUACUAUGAUGCACACAAACAGCUAAUCUAUGGGUAUCAGGACUUGGGUCAUUCAGGACGUUCACCUGUAGCUGCAAGUCAAGCAUUGGUUUUUAUGCUGAACGGCAUUCACAGAACUUGGAAACAAGUUCUAGCAUAUUACUUUACUGCAACCACUUUCCACUACACCCAUUUGAAAUCACUCAUUGUUCACAUCAUAAGUGAACUACAGAAUAUUGGGUUCAAAGUGGUUUGUACUGUUUGUGACCAGAAUGCAACAAACAAAAAGGCCCUUAAGCAACUGUGUGAAGCAAAUUUGUUGAAGCCCAGUAUAUUUCAUUUUGUCGUCAAUAAUCAACCAAUUGUUACCAUUUAUGAUGUACCACAUCUGCUCAAAAACACUUGAAAUGCUUUGAUAGAUAAUAAAAUUCAAUUUGAACCUCACAAAGCAGCAAAGUUUGAGUACAUGAGUACAGUGUUCUUUUUGGAUAAAAAAAAAACGGUUGAAAACUCUACCCAAAUUAAAAGCACAACACUUUAACUUUUCUGAUUCCCAUGUCAAAAUUAAGGUAAAAGUUGCUGCUGCACAAAUGAGCCAUACGGUUGCAGCUGCAAUUGAAAUGUAUGUUUCUACUCACACAUUACCAUCUGAAGCUAUACACACAGCUGAGUUUGUGGAAAAGGUAGAUAAUCUCUUUGAUUCACUCAACAGUAAUGAGCAAUAUCCCAGGGAUGGAAAACAAUUUAGGUGUGCUUUAUCAGAAAAUUCGCCACAUUUAGAAAUGUGGUAUAGCAUAUUGAGGGAAAUAGGGAGAUGGCAAAUAAUAGAUUUAAAAACAGGAAGAAACAAGACUAAUAUGUUUAGCUUCAUAAAAGGUUGGCAGAUUACAUUACAGUCUAUUAUUUUCUUGUGGAAGACCCUGAAAGUGGUUGGCUUUAAGUACUUAAAUUUAAAGGCGUUCAAUCAAGAUGUUUCAGAAAAUUUCUUUUGUUGUAUAAGACAACAUGGUAUUGCUAAUACAAACCCAACUUGUUUUCAGUUUGUACAAGCUCUGAAGACUUGUGUUGUCAAUCAUAUGACUUUGCCUUUCAAAGCCAUGAGUGUAAGUAACUGUGAAAAUGAUGAUUACACUCCCUUAAGCAGUUUGUGUCACUUUUUGGCAGCUAGUGGUAGGAGUGAACAUUUAAGUGAAUGUCAGAUGAGUGACACUGAUACACCUGAGCAAAUUUAUUCUUACUCAGAUGGUAUCAUUGAGUCUGUAGAAGAUCAACAAUCCUUAGCCUAUGGAGCAGGCUAUGUACUAAAAGCCAUAGAUGUACCAGAUGAUUGUGAAACAUGUAAUACCAGUCUCUACUCCUCUGUUGUGACUGAAAAUCAUUUGUUUACCUCAUUUAAAGAGAAUAGUGAGGAGCAUUCUCAUUUGAAAUAUGCAAGUGAAAGAGUCAUGAUUUUCCUAAGGGCACUCCAUGAUCAGCUGUAUGAGUAUCUAAAUAGUCAUGGUCACACAAGACUACAUGAUAAUUUUUAAAAAAACAUUUGUUCUGUCUCAUACAACAAUUUGUAAUAAACAUGACAUUGACUAGAGACUUCUGAAGACAAGUAUUCCAUUUAUAAUCUACAAGUAUGUGAAAGAAAAGAAAUUUACAAACAAGAGGAAAUUGUGUAUGCAACAACUUAAAAAGAAGUUCAAAUCAUGUUAAAAGACUUUGUAUUUCAGUGUUUAUUAUGUGUACAAUGAGAGUAAGCUCCCUAUACACAUACAAAUGUUAUGUUAAAAGCAGAGAAUUACAUGUUCUUGUAUCAAAGUCAUGCCUUUGAUUUGUUAUGACAAAAUCUGGUAAUUCAGCAGGAACAUAACUUAACACUUUCUAGAUGUGAUGAUUGGACUCCAAAAGUAUGAUGAAUAAAGUGCUUUAAAGGGGAAUUUGUGUUAA